AUGGAUUGCAUGCGGAACGAUUUCGAGGAGGGUGUCUUGCUCGAUGGACGAUAUCGGACCAUCGCACCUCUCAACCAUGGCUCGUUUGGCAUGGUCUUCAAAGCCAGGGAUACGUUCACCGGUGACUUCGUAGCACUCAAGUGUCUCACGAAGCCAUCGGCGGCGAUCACGUGUCCUUCGGCCAUUUCUGUGGAUGAUCGCUCCGAGGAACAGGCGAUCCAUCGUCGCAUCGGUCACCACCGCAACAUUGUCAAUCUCCUACACUCGUUCGAGACCACGAAUCACACCUACUUGGUUUUGGAGUAUUGCACGAAUGGCGACCUCUACGAAGCCAUUCGCGUCGGCCGCGGACCCCUCGAAACGGAGCAUGUCCGCGAAUUCAUGCUGGAACUCAUCCGCGCCGUCGAGUUUAUGCACGACAAGGAUAUCUACCACCGCGACAUCAAGCCGGAGAACAUUUUCCUUUCCCAGAACGGUUCCAUGAAGCUUGGUGACUUUGGUUUGGCAACGUCCGACUCCCCGAGCUUCGAAGCAGCGGUCGGCAGCGAUCGAUACAUGGCUCCCGAACAGUACGAUCCAUCACCCAGUGGCUAUGAUCCCGCCAAAGCCGACGUUUGGGCCAUCGGUAUCUGUCUCCUGAACGUCCUUUUCUCUCGGAACCCAUUCGCCACGCCGACGAUCUCGGAUCCGCUUUUUGCCGACUUUGCGGGAGAUCGACAGAACCUCUUCGACGUGUUCCCGAACAUGUCACAAGACACCUUCGAGGUACUGAUGCAUUGUCUUGCACUCGAUCCCGCCAGGCGCUCCUUGGCCAAGGUCAAGACCGCCCUCAAGCGCGUCGUCAGUUUCACCACCGAGAACGAGAUGUUCGACGAAUUCUGCACCGACGAGGUCACCUCCCCUGUUCCUGCCAGUGCCAACCGCGAGCCCCUUCGGACUCCGUCCGUCACGUCUCCCCAGGUCACCAACGGCGCCUUCCCAUGGGCCAAGGCUCUUGCCAUGUCUCCACCGCAACCGGUUCGACGCCUCAGUGCCAUUCCGGACAGCGAAUAUGCCUCGGAGGAUCUCUUUGGCACGUCCCAGCGAUCGGGAGAGACGAGCGAGGAUUGGUUCAGUGUCAAGCCCGACAGCGCCUCGAUUUCCAGCGCCGUCGACUCUGGUCUUGGUGUCUCGCUGCAGUCCGAAGCCAAUGCUGUCUCCAUUGCACGUAGCAGGCCGAUGAGGGUUCCCAUCUCCGGAUCACUACCAGCACCCGGACCCAACUUCUCGAGCAUCUACGGCGGCAAAGGGCAGAUCUUUUCCAAGAGCUGGUCCGAUCUGUACGAUGAAGAAAAUGACGAGAACGAGAACAACGAUGCCAUCCACCACCAACAGGAGAACCAAAGCCAA